AUGAAUGGAAGCAACAUUCAAAAUUUAGUGUCUUGGCAGGUGGAGGUGAAGCAGGCGGUGGACGAGAUGUUUCCCGAGCGUGCCGGGCCCUACGUGGAUCCGGACGAGGCAGGAGGCAGCACAGGGCUCCUGAUGGACUUGGUAGUCAAUGAAAAGGCAGUUCAUGCAGACUUUUUUAAUGAUUCUGAAAAUCUCUUUGAUGAUGAUGAUAUCCAGUGA